GAAAAUCGAGAGCAUCGACUUGCCGACGGAGAGUGCUGACUGCGACUGGAGCUCCGGACUGCAGCCGUCCCCGUGCGUGCAGUGCGCUGUGUGCGGCCCAGGCCAUGGCGGUCCGUGCCCGCCGCUGGACGGAGUGUUCGACCAGCCUGACGAGGAGGGAAGCAUGCCGGACUCCAAGGUCGCUGCAGGCGUCGGCGCGGAGCAGGCCCAGCAGCUGCUCGUAGGCGAGGCCUUCUCCCUCGCAGUGCCGGCUGGCGACGCGGUCCAGGACGAGCAGGCCUCGAGCAAGGAGACGGGCAGGAAGGCGCGCCGCGGAUUCAACUGUGGGGAGUGCGGCCAACGUUUCCGCACUGAGAGCGGAUUGCGGGACCACCUUGCAAGUCACACUGAGGGCGGACCUCACUCGUGCAGGGUGUGUGGCAGGGAGUUCUCCAAGAAGAGCAACUUUGUGAGGCACUCGAGGAUCCACACCGGGGAGAAGCCUUACAAGUGUGACGUCUGCGGGAAGGCAUUUUCUAAUUCAUCUCAUGUAGUGAAACACAAGAGGAUCCACACCGGGGAGAAGCCUUACAAGUGUGACGUCUGCGGGAAGGCAUUCUCUGAUUCAUCUUAUUUCGUGAAACACAAGAGGAUCCACACUGGGGAGAAGCCUUACAAGUGUAUCGUCUGCCGGAAGGCAUUUUCUGAUUCAUCUGACUUAGUGAAACACAAGAGGAUCCACACCGGGGAGCAGCCUUACAAGUGCGACGUCUGCGGUAAGGCAUUCUCUCGGCCAGAUACUUUGUUGCGACACAAGAGGAUUCACUCUGGGGAGAAGCCGUAGGAAUGUGUUGUGAGAGGAAAGCCCUUGUCCUCGUCACGUAAUUCGAAAUCUUUCGAGGUGACCGACGGCAUGUGGACACUCACGAGUGUGAAACGGGCCCCCUGUUUUCAAUUUUGAUUAUAGCACUGAGUGUGGAACUUUGCUGUGUCAAGCUGAUGUUCUCGUCGCUGUAGAUCAUGUUCUUACUUCAAGUACAUCUGUACCGUAUGUCUAGAAAGUAUCAGUAUUACUUUUUUUUCUUCGAGUUAACUUCAUUUUCCCUUUGGAUUUCUUAAAUGAAAGAUUAUUUUUGUUAAUUUCCCUUCGUGUAAGAGCGCCGUUUGUGUCUCGUCGCGCCAUUCGUUGUGUUCGUCUUUUUUUCGGAAGUGAUAAACCAAUAUUAUAUCCGAAUAAACAGUGAGACUGAUUAAAAAUGACGUUUUUUGUACCAUUUCAUAGUGACGUUUUGUUGUUGUUUUUCUGCGAGAAAUAUAUUGAUCUGUUCAGUAUUGAAUGGACC